UCCCGCGCUGAGCGCGCCCUCGCCGGCCGGCAGGUGCGGCGCGGAGCCAUGGUGAUCCUGUCCGAGCUGAGCGCGGCCCCCGCGGGCCCGCAGAAGCCCCUCCGCGUGGGCUUCUACGACGUGGAGCGGACCCUGGGCAAAGGCAACUUCGCCGUGGUGAAGCUGGCGCGGCACCGGGUCACCAAGACGCAGGUCGCCAUAAAGAUCAUUGAUAAGACCCGGUUGGAUUCUGGCAACCUGGAGAAAAUCUAUCGUGAAGUUGAGCUCAUGAAACUCCUGAACCACCCGCACAUCAUCAAGCUGUACCAGGUCAUGGAAACAAAGGACAUGCUCUACAUUGUCACCGAAUUCGCGAAGAAUGGGGAGAUGUUCGACUACCUGACUGCCCAUGGACACCUGAGCGAGAAGGAAGCUCGGAGGAAGUUCUGUCAGAUCCUGUCGGCCGUGGAGUACUGCCACAGCCACCGCAUCGUCCACCGGGACCUCAAGACCGAGAACCUGCUGCUGGACGCCGACAUGGAUGUCAAGCUGGCAGAUUUUGGGUUUGGAAACUUCUACAACCCUGGGGAGCCCUUGUCCACGUGGUGUGGGAGCCCCCCAUACGCUGCCCCAGAAGUCUUCGAGGGGAAGGAGUACGAAGGGCCUCAGCUGGACAUCUGGAGCCUCGGUGUGGUGCUGUACGUCCUGGUCUGUGGCUCGCUGCCUUUCGACGGGCCCACCCUGCCAAGCCUCAGGCAGCGGGUGCUGGAGGGCCGCUUCCGUAUCCCCUUCUUCAUGUCUCAAGACUGUGAAUCUCUGCUGCGCCGCAUGCUGGUGGUGGACCCGGCCAAGCGUAUCACCAUCGCCCAGAUCUGGCAGCACCGCUGGGUGCAAGCCGACCCUGCCCUGCUCCGGGAGGCCCACGCCGCCCGCACCCUGUGCAGCUACGACUCCAGCCUGGGCGACUAUGACGAGCAGGUCCUGGGCGUCAUGCGGAACCUGGGCAUCGACCGGCAGAGGACCUUGGAGUCUCUGCAGAACCGCAGCUACAACCACUUUGCGGCCAUAUACUACCUCCUCUGCGAGCGGCUCCGGGGCCUCGGCUGCCCGCCAGCCCGCCCCGGGCCCUGCCGGCCCCACGGACCCGGCAACCCCGACCUCCACGGCUUCGAGGCCCCGCCGGAAGGCCUUGCUGCCAGCCCGUUCCCGUCCUCCCUCCUGUGCCCGCAGCCUCAGGCCCUGGCACAGUCUGUCCUGCAGGCGGAGGUGGACUGUGACCUCCACAAGUGUCUGCAGCCACUGCUCUUCCCGGGAGAUGCCAGCUGCCACGGCAUACUCCAGCCCCGCCCCGUGUCCCCUGGCCCACUGCUGGACUGCACUGUGGGCGAGGAGGCCAGGCAGGCACCUAGCCCGGAGGAGGAACUCGAGGUCCCGCAGGCUCUGGCUGGCAGCACCGGCCGGAGGCAUACACUGGCUGAGGUGUCCGCCCGCUUCUCCCCGCUCUCUCCCCCAGGUGAGUGCAUAGUGGUUUCGGCAGCAGCGGUGGCGGCCAGCCCCUCUGAAGGCACCAGCUCUGACAGCUGCCUGAGCUCCCUGAGCCCCGGCCCCGUGGUACUGGGCAACGGCUUGGCCCCCCAGGGACUGCUGACCACCUACUGCCCUCUCAGACUGAACGCGUCGUUGUUGGGGGCUCAGUCAGCCACCCCAGUGCUGCAGGCCCAGGGAGCACUGGGUGGAGCCGUGCUGUUCCCACUCAGCUUCCAGGAGGGCCGCCGGGCGUCCGACACAUCCCUAACCCAAGGGCUGAAGGCCUUCCGGCAGCAGCUGCGGAGGAGUGCCAGGACCAAGGGCUUCCUGGGGCUAAACAAGAUCAAGGGGCUGGCACGCCAGGUGUGCCAGGCGUCCACCGGGCGCACCCCCACCCAGAGCCCCGGCCUGCAGGGCGGGUCCUCUGGCAGCCGGGAGGGCAGGAGCAUGCUGGAGGACGUGCUGCUGCAGCAGAGGCUGCUCCAGUUACAACACCGCCCGGCCACCCCACCCGGCUGCCCGCAGGCCCCACAGCUGGCCACGGCCCCCUGCCUGCUUCCCUCCACCGACAGCCUCCUGGUGCCUGGGAUCCCGCUGCUGCCCGCCCUGUCUCCCGUGGCGUCGGCCGCACGGCUCCUGGACACGCAGCUGCACAUCAGCCCCAGCCCGGCAGUCCUCAGCAGGCUGGCCGCCCCCUGUGAGCCUGUGGGGCUGCCCCCCGGGGACUGCGAGAUGCAGGACGUGUCCUCCAGCCAGCUGGGCACGUUCGUGCUGGUACAAUGAAGACGGCCGCCUCCGCAGCUCACCGGCUCUCCCAAGCAAUAAUUUCAGAGGAUGUGAACAAGGCUUCGGACUCAACCACCAAGAACUCUAGAAGCAAACCAAGCAAUACAUUUAGCUGUAUUGGCUUUUGUUUUUGUUUUGUUUUGUUUUUUUUCUUGCACUGAGUGACCUCAACUAUGAGUAGGGACUAGAAACUUAGUUUAGAAAAAUAAUAGUGGAAGGGCGUGUGGUGAGCCGGGUGGACGGGUGGGGAGCGGGUGGAGGGAAGAUGCUGGCAGCGCCCGGCGGUGGAGCGGGGCCUCGGCCGAGCAUCCAGAGGCCGUGUGUGUGUGCACACAUGUGGUGGUGACUGCCGUCUGUGCUCUCCUAUGAGCUGUGAACAGCCUUGGGUGGGCUCACCCGGGGGUGCCACCCGCCGGACACGAGGGCUUGACUGCCAGUGUCCCAGGAGUCCAGGCCCGGAAGGGGCAAUUGCCCCAGGAUUCCGGAGCCGGCUCUUCCGCUGCUACUAAAGUGCUGACGCGCUUCGUGACCAGGUUCGCGAGAGCACCUGCCUCGGGGUAACUGUGCAAUAAAAUUCAGGGCCGGGGUGGGCGGGCAGUGGGGGCCAGGGGCUGUGGUCUUGGCUGGAGGGAAACAAGCAAGGGGUCUAGGGGUUCCAGUUUGUACGGGCGUCUUGAUUUCUUUCUGGAGCAGCCGUGUGUGUGUGUGUGUGUCUGUCUGUCUGUCUGUCUGUGUCUCAGGGACAGAGACAUGGCAUGGUUUUAUCUUUUCUGCACUCUUAGGGCCCUCCUUCCUGGCCAUGCACCCACCUGCCCCACCUGGGCCUGCCAUGUGGUGAGGACGCCUGAGAGGUACACUCAGGCCACGGGUCAGAAGCUUCUAGAAGCUUGUCCCUCCCUGGUACCUGGCCCUCCACAGCUGCAGUGGUGGGUGUUGGGCUGUUGGGGGAGGGAUUAAGGUGGCCGCUCCCUAACGCCAAAGACAGACCGUGGGGCAGAUGGCUGACGCCACUUGCCGGCACACCAGUGCCCCUGCCAUCCCUGGCCGCCUCUGCAGAGGUGAGGAGCAAGCUGCUGCCUGCUGAGAAAACGCCAAAGCUGCCCCCCAGUGCCUGGCCAGCAUCAUGGAGUGGGGUGGGGGCGCUGCGGCCACCCUCGGCCUCCGUGCUCGGGGAGGGAGUGGGGUCAGCCCCGGCCGCUCCAGCCCUGACCAGCACUUUAUCUUCCGGUGGUCUCUGUCCCUCCCGCUGUUCUGAACGCGUGGGUGCGUGUGGAAGGUUGCUCGGGCGCUGGAAUGCGUUCGUCUAUUUAAUAACACUACGUGUUCCGGUUGAGAUGUACAUAGUUUUGCUGUGUUGUUGUUGUUUUUUUUUUUACCAUAACAAUUAUUUCUUAUGUUCACAUGAGAAAUGUAUGCCAAAUGAUUAGUUGUUUUUUUUUUAAUUUUUAAUUUAAUAUUUAAAUAAAAUAUUCAGGGGCAA